GCCAACUCCGCCUGCUCCACCAGCUCCGGUACACAAAACAGAAUUCUUAAUUGAACCAACAGCAAACUGUGUCCAAGGAGGCACAGUUGAAAAUUGCAAUUUUUUCAAAUGUAAAUUUCUCUUUUUUCUUGGAAGAAGUGAAGAAAUCGUGUCAUUUGAGCAAAAUGGCUAAACAAAGAGUUCGGGACCUGAUGUACCCUUCCUUUGAUGAGGAGAAGAGGAGGCACAAGAAGAAGCGUCUGGUGCAGUCGCCGAAUAGCUACUUCAUGGAUGUCAAAUGCAUGGGCUGCUACAAGAUCACUACCAUCUACAGCCAUGCUCAGUCAGUGGUGUCCUGUGCUGGCUGCUCAAUAAUCCUCUGCAGGCCCCGUGGAGGGAAAUGCAAACUAACUAUGGGAUGCGCCUUCAGGAGGAAAUAUCAUUGAGAGGAAAUGUGGCAGCACACACCCUGACUGGCAGAAUCACGGAUGAACUUGAGUGUGUCAACGGCGACAGAUGCACUGGUCUGACAACUUCAGCCCACGAUACCUGCUUAUUAAAUCAUGGCGUGAUUUAAUACAUGUGCUUGAAAAAAAAAUUCAACACCAGACUUGUCAUCUACCGUGCGCUGCACGUCCAUGAUUCACAUUCAGUUUCCUAAAAAUGUCGAGAAACAUUCAUAUACUCAUGGCAAAAUACCUCAAAUGAAAUGUUUUUUGUUGUAAAACCAUCACACAUCAUUGGAAUGCACCCCCCAAAAAGUCAAAUCAGACAACGUUUUGUAAAACAUUUAUUCGGUGACAUGGAUGGGAUUUGAUUUAUGAAAUACUUCAAAUAUGUAUUUAAUCACAAUUGGAGGCUAUUUUAAUUGGCUCUGGCAUGAGAUGACAUUAAAAAAUGGUGUUGACAAUUUAUUGUGCAUGGUGUGAGUUUUCUUUGGUUUUGAAAGUUCCCUCGGCAUUAAGAAGUGAUAAAAAUAACGCACACAAAAAAGAGUCUGUACUGCACCUAACAUUAUGUAUAUACAGUAAUGAUCCGUGGCUGAACUUAUUUGACAAUGCUUCCAGUGGUUUGGGGGUUACACUUGCAUAUUAAAUCUAAAUAUUGGCUACAUUAUUGCAAUUUUACACAAGUAAGAUUUUUUUAAAUGGAAAAUUAACUCAUCGGCAAUAACGUAAUACGGUUUAAAUUAACUGUAUUGUACCAGACCUUAAAGAAAAAAAAAAUGCCUAUUCUGAAACACAAUUGGGUGCUGUGUUGGACUGGACUGACACAAGGUUACUGCUUGUGUUCACUAGCUGCAUUUCACCACUGGGUGUCGCUGCAUAUUCAUGCUGCCAUUGAGUAAACUUCCAUUUGUGCUUCUUCCUCGUUUGGGAGGUGUGGCUGGAUGGGGGCAAAGCAAAACUGAAAAGUUUCUAUUUAAAGUGGUCAAAAUAAAUUGCUGGGAGGCAAUUUGUGCAGUUUCAGAGUAUCUGUGUGUUUAACUUCCAAAAUUGCAUUUUAUAUAAAAAAUAUAUAUAUAAUGA